GUCUGGUCGUUUUAUAAUUGAUAAUUACAAACAUCAAGCUGUAGAGUAGCCCUAGCAAUAGAAUCUUCGUUCCUGCACCAGUUUGGACGGAUCGGGGUCGGGGGAUUAGGGUUUUGAAUUUGAUGGGUACGGAGAGAAAGAGGAAGGUGAGCUUGUUCGACGUGGUAGAUGAUUCUCUAGCGAAGAAGGCGAAAUCAAAUGGCGGCGCCAAUAACAGCGUUGCCAAUGCUCUCAUCAAUCGCUGGAACGCAAGGCCUUACUCUCAGAGGUACUUCGAUAUUUUGGAGAAGAGAAAAACCCUCCCUGUUUGGCACCAGAAAGAAGAGUUCUUACAAGUUCUCAAAGAUAACCAGACUUUGAUUCUUGUCGGUGAAACUGGUAGUGGCAAAACCACUCAGAUUCCUCAGUUUGUUUUGGAUGCUGUCGAGUUAGAGACACCAGACAAACGUAGGAAGAUGAUGAUUGCGUGCACUCAGCCUCGGAGAGUGGCUGCGAUGUCUGUUUCGCGUCGUGUGGCUGAAGAGAUGGAUGUAACCAUAGGGGAAGAGGUUGGUUACAGUAUCAGAUUUGAAGACUGCAGUAGUGCGAGGACAGUUUUGAAGUAUGUUUAGCUUGCUAUUAUAUUGUUUUCUAUUAUUAACAAGUCCCCGUUGGUCUGUGUGUCUUAAAAACAUAUUAGGCUCUUAAAAGAUAAUCAUGCCUUAAGAGUCUGUUUGGUUC